AUGCAUCCUGAACACAACCAUCAGUUGAUUUCUGAAAAUGCUAGCUUUGCUACUAGCUAUCGGAAACUUACCACAGAUAUGAAGAAGCUUAUUGAAAGUUAUACAAUUUGUGACAUUGAUGUCUUAUCCCAGGUUUGGUUACUCCGUGGGUUAUUUUCUGAUGCUACAAUUGUGGACUAUGAUGUGAAAAAUUACGUGUAUAAGCAAACAAUUGAAGCUACAGGAGUUCAGCCCGGAGCUUUUAUGAUUGAUACAGAUCCAGGCCUUGAAAGUCACAUUGGGCGUAAUAUUGAAAAGCAGCUUGCAAAGCUUCUUGGUGAUUGUUAUGCAGACUUUAUCAAAAAUCAACUAAAUACCUACUUAGACAGCUUGAUCCACGUAAAACAACCUGGGCAAAAGCAUUUACAGACUGUAAAUGAAAGAACUCAACUUCAUGUCCUGUUUAAUCGAAUUGAAUCUCACGUUGCAGAAGAACAAUUUGCUGGUCGGUUUGCGGCUUGGCAUAAAAAGACAGCAUCAUAUAUGACACCAAGUGUUCCUGGACGACUUUUCCUCAAUAUAUAUAAUAUUCUUCAGAAGUAUGUGAUGCCUAAAAUUUUACAGUUACAUACUGAUCAAAUGAAUGAGGCAGUAAUGUAUCGUAGCAAAAGAGUUAGUUUUGAGGAUCUAUAUAAUUUAACAUUAGAGGCUGUUGAUAAUGGGCCGAUUGAAUUUGAGUAUGAUUUCUGUCAGAUAUGGUUUGACGAACUUCUUGAAGGGGUUGAUUAUUCCUUAGUUGCUAAAGUUUGGGAUGUUCAAUCAAUCGAAUAUAAUUCACAUGUUGGACAGAAUUCUGAAAAGGCCUAUUUUCAUAUUUCGCUUAUUUCAAGACGUUGGUACAAAGAUGAAUUUAUGGACACUGUGGUUGCUGAUGAGCCAUUUGUUAGAAACAAAUUAUUAGAAAAGAACAGUUCAACACCAUCCUUACCUUCUUUUCUGGAUGUUGCUGAUUCGUGGAAUACCAUGCUUAUUAAACCUCCUGUACAAACUGCAGUGAAAGUGAUUGGCCGCAAACAAUCAAUUAAAGGAAUAUUGCUUGGACUUGCCCAUAAAUAUGUAGAAGUAGUUAAUUAUGAUGAUUUAAAUAAUUUAAAGAUUUUAAUAGAAACAUUUAAGGAAUGGAUAUGCACCCAUGAGGAAGCACAAUGCGACAAACGAACUAUAGAACAGGAACUGAAUGAUGAUCAAAUUGCAGAAAAUAAUCAAGAUACAGAGA